GUGUCUGUGUAAAGAGAGAGACAGAAAGGCUUUGCGCUCAUGCUUUCAUUGCAUAAGAAAGUACACAAUUUAACUAAACAUAUUGUUGCAAGUUUAUCUUUAGCACUGCACAAAAUCUUUUGUUAAUUUUUGCAUAAUGAACCAAGAAAAAUCAUAAUGACUUACGCAUUUUUUUUCUUUCUCUUGCAGAUAUUGGCCAUCAUAUCCAUUCUGUUCAUCGUUCUUUCAACUGUUGCACUUUCCCUGAACACCUUGCCUGAACUCCAAGUGACAGAUGAAUUUGGCCAGGCCAAUGACAAUCCUCAACUCGCUCACGUUGAAGCCGUGUGUAUUGCAUGGUUUACAAUGGAGUAUCUCCUGCGCUUCCUGUCAUCUCCAAACAAGUGGAAAUUCUUCAAAGGGCCACUAAAUGUCAUUGACUUAUUAGCUAUAUUACCCUACUAUGUCACUAUUUUUCUGACCGAGUCGAACAAAAGCGUGCUGCAGUUCCAGAACGUGAGGAGGGUGGUGCAGAUAUUCCGUAUCAUGAGAAUAUUGAGGAUUCUGAAGUUGGCAAGACAUUCAACAGGACUGCAGUCUCUUGGAUUCACCCUCAGGCGCAGCUACAAUGAGCUCGGCUUACUCAUAUUGUUUUUAGCCAUGGGAAUCAUGAUAUUCUCAAGUUUGGUCUUCUUUGCAGAGAAGGAUGAGGAUGCAACCAAAUUUACCAGCAUCCCAGCUUCGUUUUGGUGGGCUACAAUCACCAUGACUACAGUGGGCUAUGGAGAUAUUUACCCACAGACUCUGCUUGGCAAAAUAGUCGGAGGACUUUGCUGCAUUGCUGGUGUGUUGGUCAUUGCCUUACCCAUCCCUAUUAUUGUGAAUAACUUCUCCGAGUUCUACAAGGAGCAGAAACGACAGGAGAAAGCCAUCAAGAGAAGAGAGGCCUUAGAACGAGCCAAGAGAAAUGGCAGCAUUGUUUCAAUGAACCUGAAAGAUGCCUUCGCACGAAGUAUGGAGCUAAUGGACGUCGCCGUGGACAAAGGUGAUGAUAAACGGCCAAUGGACAACCACCUUUCUCCGAGCCGGUGGGGUGUUCCACAGCGCACAUCCUCGGAUACCAGCCUCAGAUCCUUUGACAAGAAAUUUCCCGACAGCGACCCAAACGGCUCACGGGAAUACGUGAGAACGCUGAGUCCACAGCAUCUGAAUGCUCAGAAACUGGCUGAAAUGUAUAACCAGAUGACAAAGACACAGUCCUUCUCGGAUCUCAACACAAUCAACAGCACACAACCUGCAGCUGUGUCAAACCAUGAGGUAGAGUUGGAGAUGAAGGAAGUCCCAAUGGCCACCGAACGGCAACCCAAGGAAAGAGCAAUCACCGAUGUCAGGAGCAUAUCGAGUGUUGACAGCUUUGCGAGCUGCACUGCUGAGUUUGGACAGGGUGAGAAGGCAUCCACCCCUUCUUAUACAGCAGAGCAGAUUCAGCAAAGGCAAUCGAAAGUACCUCCGAAACUUCACCUCGGCCAGCUAACACCCUCUGACAUGAGUCCGGAGGAGAACUCUGAGACUCUCAACCGAGACAUCGACAAGUCACCCGAUGGGGAGAACUUCAACGAGGUCAUAGAGAACAUCAGAAGCUCCAUUCGAGGCACAAAUCCAAUGAAGACAAAGGGCCUCAAAGUCAACUUCAUCGAAACGCCAGAGGACGCUCCUCUGACACCGCCCAACACAUCUUCUCCACAGGAUGUCAACAACAGUCUUCUGGAAGACGACUCCCCGGAGGGAGAGUGCUCUCCUCUUUGUUCAGAUUCGGAAAUGCUGGGUAGUAUCCCAGUGAAAGGCUUGGUUCUUUCUCCGAAGAUGCUAGCCGGUGGAUACCAUCCUGGGGAGACGGCACUGCUUCUGGGGAACCUGGAGGAACAGGAUUACCAUGAGGAACAGAACCAAACGGAAGUGGCUUCUGCAGCCAUCUCCUCACCCAAACUAGCAGCACAGAACUGCACUCAAGUGGUAGUCGGUGGUAAUGGGGAGGAAAAGCCAGACUCUAACCAAAGUGAACACAAGGUAGAGAACCACAUGUUUACGCCGGAGAUCCAUCUAAUGCCAGGGGAUGGCAAUCACUCGCCAUCUUGCGAAACCGGUAUGUGACUGUGGCUUGACAUUCUGACAGAGUGGAGCGCACUGGUGGAGAAAGGGGCACUCAGAUGUGGUCUGAAAGAUAUUUUUGCAUGGCAUGAAAAGUCCCUUGUAAUUGUGUCAUUGUCAAUAACACAAAAGAGACUGCAGUUUCUUGCAGACGAGACCUGGAGGAUGCGGGUGCAAACGAGAGGCUUGUUUAGAAUGUAUUUACCCAACAAUGAGGACACUGUUGACCUACCUGUAGAUUUUACCUUUUCACUUGUUUAUUAUUUUUUAGAGACAGUCGGAACCAUAGGGGGACAGAUCUACAAGAGCAUGCAUAUUAACAAAGCUGUUUUACGGUGCUUAGUUUGCUGAGAGCACUCCACGGUAAAUAUAGAGACUACAGCAAUGACAAUGCACAUAGCCACAGAGGGUAUAAUAGAUGUCAAAAGGGUUUUUGUUAGCCUUUUUUCCGUUUUAAAGAGGGAAUUUUCAUCAAAGACUGUGAAAAGUAGCGACGUAUUGAAACAUAUCAUGACUUUCUGUAGAAAUGCAAUGUGUACAUUAUGCAGAUGUGUUUGUGUUUUAGGAAUGGUCUACGAUGUCACAUAUUUAUUUGGGGGGUUUAUUUUGUUUUAUUUUUAUUUUUUGGUUGGGUACUCAAAUUAGCAGCAUCAAAAUCUCGAUUUAAUGACCAGAUGAAUUGCACCACUUUUUUCUUGAUAUCAGCGUUGCAUAUACACCUGUAGUUGCCAAAUGAGAAUAGCAAUCGGAUAAUAUACAGUAGCUGUAAAUGCAAAUUAUAUAUUGACUAUUAUGUAUCGCCAUAGCGAGCGAUACCUGGAUAAAGUUAGAUGUCAACUUUCAAAAAAAAGUUUUAGGUUUAAACAUAUAUUAUACAAACACAUGAGUACAGCGGGUAUGUAUGUCUUAGCUUAUCUUUACAUACUCAAAUAUUCAAUAGCACAGCAAACAGUCAGUUUAAGAAAAACUAGUCUACAUAGUGGUAUUAGACUAAUUAGUGUUAUCAAAUUAGUGGUUCUGGUCAUUCAAACCUACAAAUGUUCUUCACAUAUUUCCCUGUUAAAACUAAA